GUCUCCCGCCGCCUGCAUUUCACUACGUCCAGCUGUGGAAAAGAAGCGUUGGCUAAGGUAGAAGCGGCUGAGAGAGAGGCAGUCACUGGCUGUUUUGGUGAUUGCUGUAGAAAUGGAGUGUUUCAAUGACCUCCUCCACAAACUGAAGGAGGUCCACGAGCGAGAACUAGAAGGAUGGCAGGUGAAAGUUCAAGAGCUGUCCAACAAGAAAGGCUGUGACACAAAAAGAAUGGAAGAACUUUUUACCAGAAACCAACAGAUGAAAGAACAACACAGAUUACUCACCGAAAACAUUAAGGUUCUGGAAAACAGGCUUAGGGCUGGGCUGUGUGACAGAUGUACGGUCACUCAAGAGGUAGCCAAGAGAAGACAACAGGAAUUUGAAGCCUCCCAGAUUCAGAGUCUCCAGCACAUCUCUCUACUUGCUGGAGAGAUGAACAACCUGAAAAAAGAGAACAAGAAACUUAAAGAUGAAAACAGAAACUUAAAAGCAGCACUUGACAAAGGUCACAGUGACAACUCUUCUAAUAGUAGCACCACCACAGAGGUCAAGCCCAACUCUUCCCCUGCCCUUUCACCCGCAUCUGGAAUCCUGUCCCUUAUCAAUACAACAACCAGCAGGCCAAGCAACAAGCCAGCAGAUGGCAACAUUUCAGUAAAGCCUGAUGUCGAACUGAAAACUGAAGAAACUGAAGGCAGACAGUUAAGAGGAACCAACCGAAGCCAGUUUGAUGCUCUUCCAUUGUCAGCCCUCACAUUGCCGUCAUGGAAGAAAGAACACUUUGUGACUCAUGCUGGAGAGAAGAGAAUUCAAAAUGUUGAAGGACUCGACCAGUGUUCCUCCAUGCCUACUAAUUCUCUGCUUAGGAGAUCUUCUGUCCCAGCUGCUGGAGAUGUGCGACCCGGCAGACAUGUUGUCCAUGCUCCUGUCGCCCGACAUCCACAAGCAAUCAACAGCAACUCUGCUUCUCUUCGCUGGUCUCUAUCUGAAUCAUCUGAUUGGAUUACUGCCGGCACCAAUCCAGUAGUGCAAACUUCACCCAAUCCACACUCACAACAUUUUCACAGCUUGAACCCAAUGAGGCAACAGGCCAGCCCCAGAAGGCAGGUUUUUAGUCCUCCGUUUCCUAAGCAGAGCAGCGUUCAGCCCCCUGCCAGAGAGCCAACUGUGGUUUUCCGAUUGACAAAUCUGCCAGAAUAUGUGGAGAUUCAAACAAAGCCCACAGAGAAAACAGAGAAAAAGGAAAACCUGCUACCCAAGGUUGAGAGGGUGUCUGAAGAAGGGUUAAAAGAGUUAAAUGAUGGGCCUUUGGACUUAUCUGAUCGGGGGAAGUCCAUAUCCAGUCAAGUGCCAAAAAGUGAUUCAUCCUCAGCCUUACAAGAUGGAACAAGAGUUCAAAAGAGCCCUGAAUUGGAGGUAAACACAAAUUCUUCUGCAGACAUAGCAGAAUCAUCAUCUUCAUCUAUUGUCAUUCCUUCAUCAUCGUGUGCAACGACAGAAGAGCAAGCACCUGACAAGGAUCCUAACCACAAGGUAGUCAGAGAGCAGGAUCAGAAAGAGGAGGUGAAUGGAAAGACAGAUGAAAGCAAGGGGAAGAAGGUGCCUAUCCUCACUCUAUCAUUACGGCCAGCAGUAGUGGUGUUGGAGACUCUGAACCCAGCUCUACAAAAGCAAGAUUCCUUAUCAUCAAAUGGCAAGACAUCUUCGGCGACAGAUGAGCCAGAAACCAGCUCUGAUGAGCAGGACGAGGAAGCCAACCGGUCAGGACACAAAAGCAAUCAGGGCUCCAAAAGGAAAAGGGCAUCUGUGGAGACAGAUGCAGACAGAGAUUCCAACACAGACAGCAACAACCAUCGGGAGAGGAAGCUCAAAAUCACAAUGAGAUCAGAGGAAAAGCCCUAGAUAAAGAGGAUGUCACACUGACUUGGUAAUUUUGCAAGAACUCUUCAUUAACCAUUUCAGAGUAAAAAGUACAACAAGCCAGUACAGGUAUAAUUUACAGAGGGGAGAAACAGAGUGCAGCCAUCAUCAGCCAAUCUGAUUCUGAGUCUAGCCGGAUAGUUUUUGAUUUAGUUCUGGUUCUCCACAUAUUGCUAAGGGAAAUAUCUGACUCUUUAGCUGCUAAACUCUCUGUUACUUUCACAGACAGCUUUCUGCGUGGUAGGAAGUACAUUGUGGGUAUAGAUCUUCAUUUCCUUAGAACAGCUCUCUGCUGUGGCUAAAUAUUAAACUGAUAAGAAUGGCAAAUCAAAACUGUAUUUUCAGUGCAGUUGUGAGCCGUAAAAUGAAUAUUUUACUUGCUAAAUUCUAACAAAAACUCCAGAUUGCUACAGUAACAGAAUCUACACCAUCGGGUUAUUAUUAUCUGCAGUAAGCAACUGUAGGCAUCCAAGUAGUCAUGUGAUCCAGUCGUCAAAGACUAUUUGGUAAUGGGCUUCUGCUGAUUAAACUGAAUUUUUCUGCCAAAAUUCUUUUGUUUUGUUUUGUUUUUAUCAGCUGUAAAUUAAAGUUUUUGUCCACUUGGGGGCAGCAACUGCCCCUAAGGAACAUAGGCAUUGUGAACAUCCAGCAGACACAGUAAAACUUCUGUCAAAGGGAAUUCAUUCCAUUAGUUUCCAGAGAGUGGGGUUUAACUAAGCAUGACAAAAGCCCUGACUGACAGUGAGGAUGCAGCAGUAUGCCAACUUCCAUAGGACACUGGCUAAUGUUAAGAUUGGGUCAAGCAAGCUGAAGUGGCACCUGGUACCAAACAUCCUUUCUGACAGAAGGUGUGCUUUUCAAAAGAGCUACACACUGUAGCAGUCUUUUGUAUUUGCAACUUUCUCACCCAAACUCCACCAUUUUCUGCCGCGUUAUAUUUUUAACAUCCCUGUGGUCAUAACUAGUUCAGGUUUUUCAGGCCAUGUUUCCUUCUUAGAGCAGUGGGCUGUAAAGCUCUACAACUUCCCUUUUCACCAGCUGUUAUAUAUGAAGUUUAAUGUUUAGCAGAGUAUUAUAUAAGUGGCUGUUGGUUUUGGUUAGUAAACCACAAAGGUUUCAUUUUCACCAGGGUAUUAAGUCUAAAAUGAUGAAAAAGAUUUGUGCACAAAGAAUAAAUACAAAUAGUACAAACAUGUGACAUUCUUUAUCAGAAUAAGUCUUUUCCACAUGUCACCAUGGAGCUAAAAUCUUCAUAUUUGCUGUGGUCUGAGUGGAAAUUUUAAUGUAAGCACAGGGUAUAUCGCAGCUAUUAGCAACUGGGUGGAAAACUGUCCAGCCUGACAGUCAGGCUUAGAAAGUCAACCAUUUUCUAACAUUUUCUAACAUCUACCAACCCAUUUUCACAGUGCCAAACACCCUCGUGUAUGACCAGCUGAAGAGACUAAAAUCUGCAGAAUUCUCUUUUGUUCCUCAUCUUCGAGCAAAACAAAACACGGUCUGCGCUGCUAAUGCUUAAAGAACUUCAGUCUAAAUGUCCUGGCAUGCCCGUCACUGCUUGGCUAAAAAAACAAAAAAAAAAACGUAAAUCCUCUUAUGUGGCUAACUUAGAAGAAUAUAAGAAAGAAAGUCCGAAGAGUAAAAGAAGUUCCUCUUCCUCUUUUCUCAUUUUCAGACAGCACAUAUUUUGCAAGUAUGAACUUUCCACUAACAGCUGUGACAACAACCUUUGCUUAGCUGGGUGAUAGAUGGGAAGUGUUAAAAGCAGAGAGACAGCUAAAGAAACUCUUGUGAUAAAGCACUGUGAAGCUACUGAGUCCAUUUUGUAUUGAUAUAAAAAUGGAUGGACUGGCAGAGUCAACUAAUCUCAAAUCUACUUAUUUUUCCUUCAUUUCAUUUUUUAGAUGUCCCUGUGUAUGAACCCAGAUUUGCAGUCCUAAUGCUGUCAUAUUGAUUUCUCCUGUUUCUGUUAUGUGUGUCUGAUGCCAUUAUAGUCCAUUAAGUAUGGUAUUUUAUCAAUGGUCAGUGGUCUUUCCCUGCCAUUUGCAUCUCUUGGUUAAAAAAAAUGUGAUUGACUAUCCUACUGUAAGUGUACUGCUAUGUUCUGACUUUUAAACUGUCAAGCUAGACGAUGUGCUGUUGAGAGUAUUUUUUUUACAAUACUACACUGUUAGAAACCUUUUAAUGAAUGUACU